AUGGUACUGUACUGGCUGAUGAAGGGUAUCACAAAUGGCGUCAUGAUUCCCACGACUUCACUUUGCGGUCUCGCGGGCCCUGCGCUCAGCUACGGAGCUCCAGGGGAAAGUCCGUCAAUUCCUGACAUCAGCUACCGGGAGCUUGUUUAUUUUGGCGUCCCAGUUCCUUCACCAACGCUCUACAUUAGCUUCAGCAGGAUCGGGAGGAGCGGCACCGGUUGCAGCACAAAAAGUUACUCCGGUCCCUCUUCCGAAGGAGCCAGAAAGUACAUGAAGAGCCGGAUACAAAAGGCUGUUGGGCUUGAAGACAUUGACUCGAUUGGGUAA